AAAUAGCAGCUUUCAAACUGUUUGAAGCAUGACCAAGUCGGACAUUUCUAUUUCUAAGGAGUAUAACAUCUAGUGAAUUUUAACACAGAAAUUGUAUAGUUGUAGUAACAUUAAUCUUUCUAAAUAUUGGAUUAACAAGCAUCAAAAAUGAGUACAGAUCCAUCUGGAAAAGCCAGAACUGUAAUGUUCAAAAACAAAGGAAAGGAUGCUGAUGAAAUGAGAAGGCGCAGAACAGAAGUUACAAUUGAGCUUCGAAAGAACAAACGUGAAGAACACAUGCUGAAGCGCCGUAAUGUUCCUACUCAAGAUAGCACAGAUUCUGAAGACAAUGAGAAACCAUCCACUCAAUCUCUUGAAACAAUAGUUGCAAAUGCCAAUAGUUCAGAGCCAUCAGUUCAGUUAGGAGCUGUUCAAGCUGCAAGAAAAUUGUUAUCUAGUGAUAGAAACCCACCUAUUGAUGAUCUAAUUGCAUCUGGUAUUCUUCCUAUUCUUGUCAACUGUUUGUCAAAAGAGGACAACCCUUCUUUACAGUUUGAAGCUGCAUGGGCGUUAACAAAUAUUGCAUCAGGCACAUCGUCACAGACACAAGCAGUUGUUAAUGCAGGUGCAGUUCCAUACUUUUUGCAACUUUUACGAUCACCACACCAAAAUGUUUGUGAGCAGGCAGUCUGGGCGCUGGGUAAUAUUAUUGGUGAUGGUCCACAGUGUCGGAACUAUGUGAUCAGUUUAGGAGCAGUACAGCAUUUAUUGACAUUUAUUAAUCCUAAGAUACCUUUGCCCUUUUUGCGUAAUGUCGCUUGGGUCAUAGUCAACUUAUGCAGGAACAAAGAUCCACCACCACCUGCUGAAACAAUAGAAGAAAUUCUUCCAGCAUUGUGCCAGUUAAUUCAUCACUCAGAUGUUAAUAUUUUAGUGGACACAGUCUGGGCUUUAUCCUAUCUGACAGAUGGUGGGAAUGAACAGAUUCAAAUGGUCAUAGACAGUGGUGUUGUUCCAUUCUUGGUGCCCUUACUCAGCCAUCAAGAUGUUAAAGUUCAGACUGCUGCUCUGAGAGCUGUUGGUAACAUUGUCACAGGGACAGAUGAACAGACACAAGCAGUCCUCAACUGUAAUGCAUUGCAACAUUUCCCUUCUCUGCUUACACAUCCAAAAGAGAAAAUUAACAAAGAAGCAGUCUGGUUUUUGUCAAACAUCACAGCUGGUAAUCAGCACCAAGUACAGGCUGUCAUUGACGCUGGGUUAAUACCUCUUAUCAUACAUCACCUCAAUAGAGGAGAUUUUCAGACUCAGAAAGAAGCUGCUUGGGCCAUUAGUAAUUUAACAAUUAGUGGAAAGAAAGAACAAGUGGCCUAUGUUGUGGAGAUGGGAGUAUUACCACCUUUCUGUAACCUUUUAUCUGUCAAAGAUGCUCAAGUUGUCAAUGUUGUCCUAGAUGGCAUUAACAACAUACUGAAGAUGGCUGGAGACGAAGUAGAACACAUUUGUCAAAUAAUUGAGGAAUGUGGAGGAUUGGACAAAAUUGAAAGCUUGCAAAAUCAUGAAAAUGAAGAAAUUUAUAAACUCUCAUAUGAAAUUAUUGAUGGAUAUUUCCAGGAUGACAAUGAUGAGGAAUCCCUGCUUCCACAGACUUCUAGAGAAGGCUAUCAGUUUGACCCAAAUGCCCAGAUACCUCAAGAAGGUUUCAAAUUUUGAUGACUGCUACAAUCCAAUGGCUUCAGGACAAUGUACAAAGUAGUGACUAAAUAUGAACAGGACUCAACAAAACCCAGACUUUGUGGAGCACUCAUAGUUGCUCACUCCAACACACAUUUCUCAAUCCCUCUUGUGUGCUACGAACACUACAAGAAGAGGUGAAGUUUUUAUCAACACCAUCGCCUUCAUCAUUGGAUCACCACCUGCCUUCCAAACAACCAGACUUAUCAUCAUUACAAACUUGUUAUUACAUCCUUGGGGACAACAGCUUGAAAAAAGCACUGUAUUAUUUCAUUGGAAAUGUGCAUUUAUGUACAAGUUGAUGCUUGGUCCCUGCUUUUGAAAGCAUGGGCUUGUCUUUAAGUUGCAGGGAUAUAUUUUCCCCUCAGCCCUGCAUUCAUUUGAAGACAUUAUUAACUUGAAAUCAUAGCCUUCAGGGCUUCUACCUACUGUCCCUUGGGAUUCAGUUGUGUUGGAAUGCAUAGUUGACCGACUACUGACUAAGAAGGUCACUACUUCACUGACAGAACUCUUGACACGACUAUUCUCUAAUUACAAGACUUUGUUUAUUAACACUGUUUGUGAUGGUCAUUAAAGCUCCUAGACAGUGUUUGUAGACAAGAAUUCAUGAUUAACACUGACUUGUCUAUUUCCACUGAAUAUUCCCUUGCCCUAAUAGUCUUUUGGGGGCUUAGAAUCUUUGCUUUACAAGUCCCAACUCCCAUAUAUCAUAGCAUUGUUGCAUUCUAGUAUUUUGGCACAUUUAUGGGUUCAGUUCAUAGUAUUUCAACCAUAAGACAAUACAUUGAAAUAAACAAAAUUAUUAAUUGUGUUAGAUUAUGCUUCUGUGAGUUAUUUUGUUCAGGGCAAAUUAUUGUAAAAACAAACUUACUUUAGAAAAGUUUGGUUCAACUUGUGGCUACAUUGCGUUAUCAUUUAAUAACACUGGAAUGUCCUUGUUUGUUCCUGUUAAUGUCUGCUGCCAACAGUUUCAAAAAUUGUCAUGAAAAUAGAAUUAAAUUUUGUUUUCAGAAAACCCAGCCGUCUGAAUGUAGUUUUAUCUUUUUGUUUUAGGUUUCUUGGUUUUUAAUUUGAGGUCAUUGUUUAGUUGUGUGAUACAAUCCAAUGCUCAGCAGUUUACUUUCUCAAACAUUUGUUCUUUAACAAUCAUUGUAAGACUUCUUUCCACCAUCCAUAGUCUUUAGUGAAACAAAGAUUUUAUCUGAAAUUACAGAGUCUUAUAUAAAACAUUAUUCAAAAAUUCUAACCAAUGAAAAAUGUAAUUUUGUUGAGGCGUUAAUAUUUUUUUUAACACUGAUGAAUUGUGUAAAUAUCUAAUUCGAAUUCUUUUUUUUUACAAAUUAAAGUAAUCUUUGUUGACAUAA